AUGCUAUUAAUAAUUUUUCUUCGUUGCUAUUAUAUUAAUAAAAUACUUAAUUCUAUUGAUUAACUUUUAAUUCCUUAGUAAUUUCCAAAAUUGAUAAUCAAUCUUCCCACUUUACAUUCAAUACCAUAAGAAAGAUAAUUAGUAAUAAAUUUCGCAAAUGAAGUUGUUUAAGAAAUUACUCCACAUAUUAAUAAAUUUAGACUCCUCUAUAAUAAAAAGUAAGAAUAAUUCGACCUAUCACAAAUUAAAAAUUUUGAAUUACAAAACACUUUAUCAGAAUUCAAAGAAAUUAAGAGGAAUGAGUAGAAUAAUUAUGAUAAGUUGCUUUAAGAUUCUCAUAAUUUAUUGUAAGAAAAAGAACUCGAAAUUAAAUAAUUUCAGCAUACUCAAAGUGAACUUCUAAAAAAUCAAUAAAAAACAUGUUAAGAACUCCAAAAGUAAAAAGAUGAUUUCAUGAUAGAAAAUGCUUAAAAGAAAUAAGAAAAUAUCUAAUAGACUGAGUAAUUACAAACAUCCAUAUUAUAAAAUUCUUUUACUUUUUCAGAAACUUACAAAUACUCAAGUUGUUAGGUAUUGUAGGAUGGAAAGAUAUUUUAUAAUAAAAGUGGAUUUUUAUCAUGUUUAUGCGAUUAAGCUAUCCCUAAUUAAGGUAUUGUGAGAUUUAGUUUUUUAAUACAUGAUAUCGAAACUAAUUCGGCUAUGGUUGGAAUAGGAGCAAGAGAAAUAAUCUCUAAAUCUGGGUAUAUAAAUAUACAAACUUCAGGCAAAGGGUAAAUAAUAUUUAUAAUUUUAGAGCCUAUCUUAUAAUGAGUAGUGGCUAUUGUUUCAGUCAUCAUCAAAAAGAGAAAUAUCAUAAUUCAAUCCCAUUCACUUUUACUAACAAUGAUAUUAUCAUCAUAGAAGUAGAGAUUUAAUAAAAAUACAUCAAGUGGAUAAAAAAAUCUACUAAAUAAUCUUUUGUAUAUUGUUUUUAUUUAUAUGUAGCUCCUUGAAAUAGAUCCACAUUAUGAGUAUUAUCCAUGUAUUAAUGGUCCAGGAAAAGUUGAAAUAUUAAAUGAAAUAAAUCUAUGA